CGAAAGACUGUUCAUUUUUGAUUGAAACAGCUGAUUCGAAUUAAUGUGUCAAAAUAUUCUAAAGAACUGUGUUUCCUCAGACGUACCUGACUCUGAGUGACUUAGAAAUUGUAAAAGAACCAACAUUGAGCAAAGAUAUGUAUCAUCUCCAUGAAAAUGUCCAAAGGAAUGUCGAAUCGUCUUUUUGGCGAAUCGUCCUGUAUUACAUACUUUUUGGAGUUUGUUUUUCUGUUAUAUCUUAUCUAUGAAGUGUGUACUAUAAAAUAGUAAUUGACAAUGGCAGACAACGAGAAAAUUUUUGCUUGCUCCUCGACUGGUUGCAACAUGCAGAUCAAACACCUACCCCGACGCGUUUCAUUAGAAACUGUGAAGAAGUUGGCCUGUUUCAAGACUUGCAAAACGUAAAUCCUUUUGAAGAAACUUUUAGGAGGGCAGUAGAGUCAGGGAACACCGGUACAUUGACAGUGCCAGAGGCUGGAAUUACAGAUGAUACUCUGCAUACACCACAUAUAUUUCCCCACAUAGCUGACGUACUAUCUACCAGCAAUCAAAUGUUGUCAGAAAAUUCUGUGCAAGAGUGUGCGAGUAUAUCGAUCGCUGAGAAAAGCACAGAGGAAAAGAAUACUAUUGAUACGGAGGUUUGCAAUUCUGUGAAACUCGCUGAAACGGACGAACAGAACUUAAUGAAGAAAAAGUUAACUAUUGAACGAAAUGUAACGUUAACAGAGAAUAUCAUUGAUCAAGUAACACACACGUCGAUAAUGCCGAAGGUUUUACAACAACAUACCCCGCAAUUAUCGAUUAAUGGCGAGGAGGUACAACUGUUGCUAAAAACGGCCGAUGGGAAAUUAAUGCAACUGUCGGCAAUUCCGGUUUGCGAUUCCGUUGGUACGACGAAUGUACAAUCGUUGAAACAACAAACGGUUGUGAUAAGAACGGAACCCCUUUUACAAUGUAACACAAGAUUGGAGUCCAAAAAACCAGCAGUUUCGACGCUAUCGCUAGCCAAAAUGAAAUUAAAGCAAACACUGACAAGAGGUGCUGGAUCGCAAAGUCAGAAAUCCAAUAGCAAUUUCCGGAAAGAUGAGUUAAAUAGUUCCAGAAAGGAGAAUAGAAACAAAACGGUAGAGGAUCAGUUGAAAAAGAAAGAAAUUCUCGAACGUAAUCGUGCCAGUUCGAUGAGGGCAAGAGCUAAGAGAAAAGCGUGGAUACAACAGCUGGAGAGAACUGUUGCUAAUGUGAAUGAGACCAACGUGGCUCUGCAAAUGGAAAUCAAGGUUUUGCGAACGGAGGUUGCUAAAUUAAAGACACUUCUCUUGGCUCAUAAAGACUGUCCCGUCACGAAGGCGAUGCAGAAAGGAAACGGUAUAGUACUUGGUCCAAAAAUAAUAUCCGUAAAUUCAGACACUAUAACGAAUCAAAUUCCAGUGGCGUCUACGAUAAAAAGGGCUUUCUCUUCCACGGACGUAUCUAUUAUGCCAAAGAAAAAAUUAUCUCUGGCAGCCUCGAAGAAUCCCAUAAUCUUCCCGAAAGUAGAUUGCAAUACAAACCUAUCGAUUCCUAACACUACACUAAUAAAAACAGUACCUACUUUAAAAAUUAUGAGCGUCGGGCAACUAUUAACAGAGAAGGAAGAGCAGAAACAAAUUUUUAUCGUGCAGAAUCCUUCGAAAAAGAUAGAGAAUCCCACUAGGCAAAUAAUUCAAAUUAACCCUAAUUACGAGAUUGAUCAAAGCGCGUCAAAAAUUAAUGAAACGUGAAUUUGCUCAAAGAUAUAAAGGAUAAAAAAAAAAGAUUAAAGUUACAUUAAAUUUCCGUAAGGAAAUGACAGUGUAGCGUUGCAAGCGUGGUAAGCUACGAUCAUUUUAAAGUUCGCGCGUUUUGAUUAGGAAUUCGGGCGGGCUUCGCUGUUACAGAAUACAGCACGAUUAUACAUAUUUUUUCCAUUUUACUCGUACAAUUAAUUAAGAACCUAUUUAGAUUCAAAUCAGCAAAUAAGAACAAUGAAAAUGAAUAUGAAUAUGACAAAUUUUAACUAUUGUUUCAUAACAAAUUGAAGAGCGUUGUUUCGAAAAUUUUCUAUUUUCACAUAGUAUGUUUACGUGUGUAUCUGAGAGGAAUCAUGUAUUAUUUAUUUAUUAUAAUAAAUCGAGUAUUUUCUGGCAAUGUUUUUCAAUCGCUUUAUUUUACAUGGUUGCACGAUCAAUACAUUAUACAGCCGUCUCCUCAUAGAGUAGAUUCUGUUAAUUGAAAACUACGCAUGUUUUCACUUACCGCGUGUUAAUUAAAAAAAGAAACACAUGUAUAUCUAUAAUAUUUAUUAUUUAUCCGUAUACAUAUAAAAGAUAGAUCUGUUAUAUAUAUAUAUAUAUAUAUAUAUAUAUAAUGAUGUCAUCCUUCAAAUAAUUAUUCGUGUUAAAUUACACGGUGUCCUUCAGUGUUAAAAAUCUUGAAAUUUUAGAAUCAAUUGUACAUCAAUUAGAAAUUAUACAAAAUUUCAAUUAUAAAAUCUUCCCAUCGAGUGAGUUUCUUUCCAGUCCAACAUUGUAAGAGAUCUCACGAUGAUUCUGUGACCCUCCGGCCCUUAUCAGUUCUCCGUCCAGUCGUCUAACAAUUCUACACCGGACAGGAGAAUGAUAAGGGGCUUUGGGCACGAAACGCCUCGACGAGGCUAUUAAAAACUUCCUUUGCCGCUUGGUAUCCAAUCUUCACGUGAUUUCCUGUGGAUUCUGAAAAAGAAUACCCUAAUCUACCCCUCGAGCAUAUCGGUUUUCCC